UCGCUCCCAUGAGGUUCACCCCGCUUAAUUUUCCUUCGAGCGCGAGCCAGAGCCAAAGAGAGAUCAGAGAGAGAAAUUAAGAGAGAGUACAGACAGGUUAGCCAGAUCGAGUUAGAGAUGGAGACGAUGAUGGCGGCGGUGGCGAUCAAAGAUCCCGCGGUGGUUGUCGGUCUACAGAAGCCGAAUCGGAUUCAGGUCUCCACCAAUAAAAAGCCUGUUUACUUUUACGUAAAUCUCGCCAAGAGGUUUAUGGAGCGCCACAACGAGGUCGAACUUUCUGCCCUCGGCAUGGCCAUCGGCACAGUCGUCACCGUCGCCGAGAUACUCAAGAACAACGGCCUGGCUACUGAGAAGAAGAUCAUGACCUCUACUGUUGGCACCAAGGACGAAGCCAAGGGCCGUCUUGUUCGCAAAGCCAAGAUUGAGAUCUUGCUGAGCAAGACGCAGAAUUCGAGUGAUCUUAUCACGACUGCCAAGACAGAGCGCAGCGCCAACAGCAAUGCAACGACGGCCAAGGCCGCUAAUAAGGCCGGUGAGGAAGCAAGGGAUGAGGACGGACGCAGCGUGCAGGAAGCGGAGGAGAUCAGCGAAUGA